AUGGUUGGUUCAUUUGGAAGCAACGACAAUAAUGAAGGUAACACGCACAUAAAGUCAAGCAGAAUUGUGUCGACACAUAGAAUAGUCAGAUUGUUAGCAGCAAACAGCUUCAUCCAUGGAAAGCAGGGUUUUCUACAGAUUCCACGUAAAUAUAUUCGGAAGACAAUAACUAAAUAUAGUGACGAGAACCUUGAUCUAGCAAUAGAAGAUAAAAAAUGUAGACAAUAUAAUGUGGAAUAUUUGAAAUAUGGUUUUAUUCAGUCACCCUCAAAUAAGACAUUACUAAUGUGCCUGAUUUGUCAGAGAGUUUUCUCAAAUGAAGCCAUGAAACCUUCACGACUAGAAGAACAUUUUACUAAAAUACAUCCUGACAGAAAAGAUAAAAAUUUAUCUUACUUUCAAAUGCUCGAAGAACAACAUUCGAGACGUCCAACUUUAACUGGUAUGUUUUCGGCGGCAUCGAAGCAAGACGAUGAUGGUUUACGUGCCUCUUACAACAUUUCCUUACUUAUUGCUAAAUCGGGAAAACCACACACUAUCGGAGAAGAAUUGAUACUGCCAGCUGUGAGUGAGGUUCUGCGUACUGUACUGCACAAGCCACCGUUUGAUAUUAUUAAGAAAAUCCCAUUAAGCAAUAAUACAGUACAGAGACGAAUCGACGAAAUGUCCGAGGAUGUGGAGAGUUCUCUAACUGGGUUUUUGAAGACUACUGAGUUUUCUUUACAGCUCGAUGAAUCUACUUUACCAAACAAUGAGUCUUUACUUCUUGCGUACGUUCGCUUCAUAAAAGAUGAAAAAAUUUGUCAAGAACUUGUAUUCGCAAGAAAACUAGAAACGGAUACUAAAGAAAAAUCUAUAUUUGACGUAUUGGAACAUUAUUUUAAAGAAAAAGGUAUUUCGCUGGAUAAUAUCGUGUCUGUUGCUACUGAUGAUGCUCCGGCAAUGGUUGGACGAUACCGCGGAUUGAUUUCAUAUUUGAAAAAGGCGGUACCAAGUGUAGUCGCCAUGCAUUGUUAUGUAAUUACAGCAGUUAACAAGAUCAGAAGCAAUGCUCUCAAUGAUAGAUUGUUUAGAAAACUUUGUGAUAAAAUCGACGAAGAUUUCAAUCAUUUAGUAUUGCAUACAGAAGUUCGUUGGCUGUCAAAGGGUACCUGUCCAAACAGAUUUUAUGACCUCUUUGAUUCAGUUACAACGUUUUUUGUCAAAGAUGAUUUGUUAAGAGAGAAUUUAUUGAAAUUUAAAAAUGAUAUAGCUUAUUUAACUGAUUUAUAUAAUAAAUUUAAUGAAAUGAAUCUACAACUGCAAGGAGAUGAUUUGAAUUUGAUCAAAGCAAAAGCAAUUAUUUCUGCGUUCGUAUUAAAACUUGCACUGUACAAACAAAAUUUAGGUCGAAGACAAUUCUAUCAGUUCCCAAAUCUUUCUUCUGUGGAAAUAAUUGAUGACGACAUUUUGGUAUUUUGUCAGCAUUUGGAAGCACUUAAACAAGAUUUUACAAAUAGAUUUCAGGAUGUCCUCAACAUGAUCAUACCAGAUUGGGUCCUAGAACCUAUCUCAAACUUACAAACAGCAGAAUUAUCACUGUAGGAGGAAUUGAUAGAAUUGUCAACAAAUGAAGAGCUCAAAUUGAAAUUAAAAAAUGGAUAUCAAGAAUUUUGGCUUCAAAGGCAAAUUCCAAUAUUAUAUCCGGCUUUAUGGGCUGCAUCAAAGAAGUUUUUCAUUGCAUUCCCAUCAUCAUACUUAGCCGAAAGAGGAUUCAGCGUAGUCAACAAUUUACUAACAAAGAAAAGAAACAGAUUGUCAAUAGUGAAAUGCGACGAUUUAAGAUUGCUGAUGACAAAUAUGGCACCAAAUAUCGAAAAAUUAGUGUCAUUAUACCAAGCUCAGCCCUCUCACUAA